AGCUCGGCAGAACACUCUCAUUAAAACUGCUUUCCUUAGCACACUUCAACUCAAAGCCCAGGAAAAUGCCAGUGUGUGUGAGAGUGGAAACAUAACGUUAGUGAGACUGAGAGAAGUAUGUUAGAUCAUCAGUCAAAAGAAGAAAAAGUUUGAAGAAACUAAAGUGAUACAGAUACCAUCUCAAUUGGGAUAGUUACUGAUGUUGUUUAACAGUGUGCUACAGUAACACCACUUGGACCUUUGAAGAGGCACUUUGGUUAUUACAGCAAGAUCUCGAGGGUGACAUUGGACUCGCAUGGAACUUUCCGCUUUAAUUUGAGGAUUAUGACCAGCUGACAAACACCAUGCGCAAGAACUGCAACAGCAAGGUGACUAUGUCAAGACUCAAGUUGUAAGGUGGUGUAACAGGUCAUCGGUUGGAAUUUGGAACUCGUUGUAGUGAUGAUAUGAAUUUGAAAAUAAAUAUUUUGAGUUAAAUCUGUUGCUUUGCUAAAUGCACUUCAGUUUCUUGCUGAGCUAAAAAUACUUACAGCAAGGUUACUGUCCAUUCUGAACAUUCCCAGUUUUCACUGUAAUUUGAUCCCACACACUCUGCAAUAAUUAUAAAGCAGAGCUGGAAAGCAGAAAAGGAGAUUUGUCAUUAAGACAGCCUAAAUAAAGAGGCAGGCAAAGGGCGAGGUUUGUGGAUUCAGCCGUGGAGGUGCAGCGACACCCGUUUCAUCCAGAGCCACACAAGAACUGUUCAUGGACCCCCAAGGAGGCCACUAUCUCAACAAGGCAGCGGUGCUGUCUGGACUCGGCGCUGCCCGCUUGUGCCAGCUACUGUUGGGUUGCACCACCAUGGCCCUGGUGGCCCACAGCGCAGGCUUCAGUGCCACCUACGGCACCUUCUGCAUGUUUGUCUGGUGCUUCUGCUUUGCCGUCACUUCGGUCAUCUUCACCAUGGAUGUCACAAGGCUGCAAGGGUGUAUGUCCAUCUCUUGGGACAACUUCACCGUGGCCUACGCCAUGUUGGCAACGCUCAUGUACGUCACGGCCUCGGUGGUGUACCCUGUCUAUUUCCUCAGGUCAGAGUGCCCCUCGGAGGGCUGUGAGGUUCGUAACUACCGUAUCGCUGUCACCGUUUGCUCCAGCAUCUGCUGCUUCGCUUACGGGGCUGAGGUGUUUAUCACGCGGGCCAAGCCGGGGCAUGUGGUGGGAUAUAUGGCCACUGUGUCAGGCCUCCUAAAAGUGGUCCAAGCCUUCCUAGCCUGCAUCAUCUUUGGCGCUCUGGCUAAUGACAGUGAAUACAACCGGCACAUCCCUACACAAUAUUGCGUGGUGGUCUACAGCCUGUGCUUCGCAGUGACAGUGGUGGUGGUGGCUCUCACGGUCUCGGGGAGAACGUCGGCUCUGCGCUUCCCUUUCGACCGCUUCGUUGUCAUCUACACCUUCCUGGCCGUGCUACUCUACUUGAGUGCUGCUGUGGUCUGGCCUGUUUUUAGUUUUGAUAAGAAGUACGGGACCCCAGGGCGACCAGAAGGCUGUCCAAGAGGAAAGUGCCCAUGGGACAGCAAGCUGGUGGUUGCAGUGUUCACGUUUGCCAACCUGGUCCUGUACUUUACCGACCUGGUGUACUCUCAAAGAAUACGAUUCGUCUCACAUUCAGUAGCAUAACACCAUCUCAUCUCCAGUCCACAAGCUGUUUAAAUACUGGAAUUUUGAAAAAUACAGCCAAUCCAAUAAAAUGCAGUUGCUUUGUACUUGUAUAUGAAAUACCAACGUGUGAUUUUUUAUUUUAUUUUGUUGAUUAGAGCUCCCACUGCUGGGCUUGAACAUGUCAUUCGCUUGUUUCUUAAAGUUAUUAAAUUGCUUAAUUGUUAUAACACAGUGAAAUGAAAUCAACUGCUACAUAGAAAUGACCUCUGUGGAAAUGCAUCCCUGCGAUUUACGCUGUAAACCUUAAAUGCAUUGUUCACCCAAAAUUGAUAAUGGACCCUUUUCACAAAUGGUGACAAUGCAUUUCUGCCAAAUUUACACUGUUUCCACUUUUCUCUAUCAAUUAAUUUCCAUAACUUUUUCUGUCAUUUGUGAUUUCUGGAAACCCAUUUUUAAAAACCAUUUUAAUCGAUCACUCUCUAUUUUAUUUAUUUUGUAUCUAUUGGAAAGUUGUGGAAAUGCAAUAGUGGAUUUUUAUUUUGCUGAUUGAGUAAAUGGAAAUGCAAAAAUAAUAUUUUCUGAGGUCUCCCAUUCAACUCUACAGACGUUGCCAAUAGUUUCAUUUUUAAAAAUAAUCAUUUUGAGCUAUAGCAGGUACAGCUCUAAUUAAACACUAAAAAUGUUGUUGUGGUCUGGAACAUAAGUCAUUAUGAGGCUUGGGUUUAGUGCAGUAUAAUGUAUAUUAAUUGCUAUAGGUUUAAUAUGUAAUAUUAUCAUACGUUUAUUAUCAUCCUAACAUAGCAAGCUUGAUUCUGGGCACUGUAAUUUGUACAAUGGUCAACCAUUUAUAACAUUUGUCAGUUGUUUAUCCAAGUUCCUCUGACUUGGAGAAUAGAGCAUUCUGUAUAACUUUGGUGUAUUGUUCAUGAAGAUAAAUACCAUGCAAUUUAUUUUUAAAUUAAGGAUAUGAAUUGGCAUGCUGCUCUGCUUUCAUAUAGCAUCUCUG